AUGGAAGUUGUUUCUGAAGGUCAGCCCGCUUGCAAUCACCCGUCCGUCAGGAAGCUUCACGUCAACAUCGUCCACCAGAAUCAAAUACCCUUUAGGACCGAGCUUGGAUCUAUCAAAGAACUGGUUGCCCUGGCGCUCGUUGGCCAGUCUGAGCAGCUCCUUCUUGUCGAGCCCGUCCUCGUCAACAACAACACCGUAGCCGUCAACUAUGGCAAUGUACUUCUCGUCUCUGGACAGCUUGAUCUCGUUCGAGCCCAGAUCGCCGUCUCCGCCAGCCAUCUGGAGCUUGGUGAUUUCUGCCAGGUUCGUGAUCCCCAGCUUCUCGUAGAUCUUCUCCGUGUACGCACGCACACUCAAAGUGGUCAUACCGUACUCGUCGUGCGGAAUACCGCCCAAAGUUGGCGACUUUCCGGUGAAAAAGGCCUUCCACGGGAACCCAAGCACAGCUCCUCUUUUUCUAGCGUGCAAGGUGGCCCAGUCAACGUAACCGGCGGUGUUCUCGUCCGGACCCAUGUACAACAUCUCUGGCUUGUUGUACAGAUCAACAAUCGUCUCCUUACGAGGGUCCUUGAUCAACAGGUCCAGCAACGAGUCGAUGUACUUGGUGAAACACUCUUUUGGUCUAUCCUGAGCAGCUCCCAGAUUGAGCAAGAUGACUCCUUUGGACCCUCCUUCGGGAAUAUCCUUGUUUUUGCGCUGCUGGGUGCUUGCGAGAUUGUAGUUCUCGUCAAACAGUGUUUUCAGGUUCGUGAAUCGGAGCCAACCACAAAGAACAUACCAAACGGAGUCUGGGGAUACUCUGUUUUGGGCAGGAACGAAGGAUCCAGCCGGAACGACAGAGCGAUCUUGGACGACACAAAGAAGUUGGUCUUGAGCACGCUCUUGUUGAACGAGUACAAUGCACGCAACACGAGCAACUGGCCCUCGUUCGAGGUCGAUCUGGCCAGAGCUUUCUCAAAGUCCUCGUCGCUUGCAAUCGGGUUCACCUCAGCAACACGCUGGUACGAUAAGGUCGACUCCAGCGAGUUCGAGAUGACCAAGCCGGUUGAGGAAAUGAGUCACAAAGAUCACUCCGCAAUGCGCGUAGAUCGACUCCUGGAUAGACAUCUCUCCACUGGCAAACUUGUGGUAGAACAUGUUGUUUGGGAUACAGUACAACAACGAGGCCUCCUUGGUCAUCUGGUAGAUGGUUGUUUCUGGACUCAGUCCGUCGGAGUAGUCGAUGUACAUGGAGAUGAUGGAACUGCCGUUGGCAAAGUUUUCCACGUACUUGCGACUGAGUUUGACGUUGUAGUAUCUUGCCAGCGUGCUCAGCGCGGAGUUGUACCGCGGAGAACUGUUUCUGCGGUACCCGAUGAUGAUCCGCUGUUCGCCAGUGGCGGCCACCGUGAAGUGUUUGAUCACGGGACCUUCAGUGGUGCUGAGCUCGUUCAAAACCUCCGAAUACAGCAGCUUUGUGUGGUGGGUUGCUGUUUUCAAAAACGUUUUGUCUCCAAUAUCCUCAAUCGACGCGCCAGUGCUUCUGCCAGAGGAAAACUGGCACUUGUAAACAAACUGACAGCGUACAACGUCGCCGGUGGGCAAUCUGGAAUUGAACGACUCCAUCCGAUACGGAUCCUGGUCCGGAGCCCGAUCAAGGUACUUGUCGUCGAUCUCGUGCUCGAACUCGUCGUAGUCGGCCGCGUCGAAGUACACGGCAUGAUCUUCUGUUUCUCUGCGGUGGUGCAAAAAAGGUCUAUCAGUAAGCCCCCUUGCAAAGGCAUCCACUUUUGCAGAAUAAAGGGCCAAAAUGUGGGAAACUAUCACCGAGACAGACUCCGACGCAAAGUAGGUGUCGUCGAUCCCGAGCGACUCGUAAAAGUAGCGUGUUUCCGAGUCGAUCAAGGUUUCGGGAAUGAACCCAGUAGAGUCCAAUUCGUCCAUGACUUGGACCAUUUGCGCUUCUUUACCAGGAAACGAGGCGGACUUGUAUCCGGAGCCCUGGAGGUCCUCCUUGUCCACGUUCUGGAACGAGGUGGCGCUAAAGUUGUUAUGGAUGGUCAGACCAGCCAAUUUGGUUUCCAAUGUCAUUUGGGCAGAGUAAUUGCUUUCAAGUGGGGGAGGAAUGCCGUUUUAUACGCCAUAAAAUGGGUCACAUGCUCCCCUGGCGGGAAUAAAAAAAAGCCAAUCGAAAAAACCUCUCUUUUCGGGAUUAUGGGGCUCUCGCAUGCGCAACUUACUCAAAAAGAUUUUUUUCAAGGGAUUGUCACCCAAAAAUUCCUGUUAAAAUCGUUAAUUAAGCUUUUAUUACUUUAUCGUAGCCCUUUCUCCUCUGGAUCAUUGUCAAAGUUCAUUCCCGAGUAUCUUCGUGGAUUAACACCCUUCGAAUCGAAAACUCGAGACGUGAUCUGCCGCAGCUUGUUUUUAUCCGUGCCGUGUGGCAGAGCUGUGGCUUCGACAUGGAUAUCCUGGCUAUUUGUGGAGUUGAAAUUAUUCUGCAAAACCCCGGCUUCUGACAUAUUGCUCACAAUCUCGCUCGCAACGUCGUCUGGUCUGGUCGAUUGCACCGUCCCCGUACUCGAUUGCUUUUCUCGAGCAUCGUCGAUCGCAGGCUGUUGCAACGUCAAUGUCUCCUCGUUCGCGGUCUCUGUCUCCGCCGUCGGCCGCUCGUUCGCAGAAGUAUCAUACACAAACGUCUCAUCGGAAUCAGAGCUAUUUUUGUCGUCAACCUUAAUGGCAUCGUGCAACUUUGCCGCAAAAAAUUCCGCUCGUGAAGACGCCUUGCUUUGCACCGUGGUGGUGGAGGAAACUGUGUUUGUAUUUCGUAAAUUCAUCAGACUGGAACUUGGUCCUGCUUUUUUCGCUCUCACCGCCUCCUCAGAAACAGGCCCCUCUAUAACCGACCUUUUCGACUUGAGGUGGGUCAAAAACGAGUCUGACCCCCCGCCCACGUUUGUGGGACUUGUGUUCUUAUUCACGUCCGAGGAACUCAUCUGGCGUGUGAUCGUCACCGGCCCGUUCGUUGUGGAGUUCCCAGACCCUAUCGUGGGCUGGUUGGAUAUCCCUGUCUGGUUAGUGGGCACAUUGUUCCCCGUGUUGGUGCCGGUCGAGUUGGGCAUAAUAUGA